CGUUAGGAAUGGUAUUUUUAAAAAUAAUUGUUCUUGUUGGAAUCAUCGGUCAACCCCAUCGACCGCGAGAAGAACAAAGGAUACCGGUAACAUCAAUCUGCCUAACCUCAGCACGCACAACCUGAAGCUUACACAUUCUCAAUCACUUGCCCAACAACUCACGCCGAAACAAAAUGGACAACAGACCAUCGCUUGAAACUAGCUAUGUUGGUGGAGGGUACCUCAACAAUAGCGGCAGACACCAUGGUGCCUACCCACCGGACAGUCCCUCUGCCUAUUCUCAGCUAACUACCGCAACACGACGAGAUGAAGAGGAAGAAGAAGAUCCGGACGCACCAAUUAUUAUCCGAGUGGUCGCUCCUGCAACGCUUCCGGAAGGAUACACAAUCGAUGUCUUGUACAACGAUGAGCCACACACAGUCGAUAUCCCUCGCGGCGGAGUCCGGGAAGGAGAAGAAUUCGAAACGGUGAUCGAUCCGAAACGAAAGUAUCGCGAGCAACACAGCACUCGUCGAAUGACACAAAUGGAUCAACUCGCUGAAGAAGAAGAGGACACCUUUUCGAGAAGAAACAAUGCUUAUUCGAGAGACGAAUCGCAGAGGGAUCAAAGAAGAGACUCCCAGCGAAGUGGCAACAGUGUCCAGCAACGACACACAAGCAAACUUCAUUCUGCCAAACUCUAUAACGACGACGGAUCUGUUUUUACAAAUGACACCAUGAACAAAACUAAGGACAUCGAACAGUCCAGCACAUUCCCAGCUAGUCUAUCCGGUGACGAAGAAACGAUGAUGGAAAAAACACAUAUCCAAAACAAGCAAUUGGCCAUCGUAGAAAACAAGGGUGAUGAUGCCGAGGGAGAGAACAAGGAUAAAGUCUGGUACGAUAAGAACGGAACUCCGCACGGAAAAUGGCGCACUCGUCUCUUUAGUUGCUGUGAUGUGCUGACUCAAUCCACCUUCUGGAUGGGAUUAAUUUGCGCACCAGUUCUCAUGGCCCAACUUAUCACUAGAAUGGGAUUGACCUGGAAUGGACGAGAGGGACCACCUGAAGAAACCUCUCUUAGCUACAAUCGUAUUGUUUUGGGUUUGGUGUUCAUUAUGAGUCUUUACUGGAUCCCAGUAUUUGGCACUAUUUGCGUUUCGAUCUACUACUUGGUGGUGGUGGUCUACAUUGGAUCGCAGGUCCGUCGGUUCAUGCGGCAAAAAUACAGCAUUCCCUCCACCCUGCCAACCCGGUGCGGAAAUCGCAUCGAUGAUGCCUGUAUGAUGUUCUGGUGUGGAUGCUGUUCCUCCAUUCAGAUGGCCCGUCAUACUCACGACGAUAAAGACUACCCCGGGCACGCAUGCACUACAACCGGCUUGGAAUUCAAUGCGCCUUCGGUCGUUUAGUUCGUUAUAACACUGAUCAACCAAACGAAACCCGCCAAAGCGCUCGUCAAAGAUUCAAUCAAUGAAGAUCACCAGCAAUCGCAAUAUUAACGAUAGAAUACAUCAACAGGACUGAU